CCCGCAAUGCCUCCAUCAGCAUCCAUCAACCUUCCUCCUUCUCCAUCCAAUAUUACAUCCAUUCCGUCAAAAAUGCUCUCCUCGCUGGCCCUCAGCGGGCCUGUUUUGUUGCUAGCUCUCCUCAUCCCACUCUACCUCUACUUCCUCACCCCGUCCCCCCUCCAUUACUCAACCAUCCUAACCUCCACCCAGCAAACCAACCUAGAAGAAAUCGCCACCCUCCUCACACAAAUCUACACAACCCUCGCAGAAAUGCGCUACCUCGACCCAGCCUCCAUCCAACACGGCCCGCACGACCUCUCCCCCCUCUUACCCCUCUACAAGCAACACAACCUCGACCCCUCCCUAAUCCACCUAUACAGCAUCCUCCCCUACAUCGGCCCCCCCAGCAGCGGGGUAACAGACUUCUUCCACGGAAGCGACUUCAUCGACUUCCGCGACGCUGAGCAAGUCGAAGAGAGCCGGGACCCGUACUACGCGGAUCCAGACGGCGACGACUUUGAUGCAGAGCAUGGGCCGUAUAUGCGACCCUGGGUGACACCGUUGUCGCAAUUGGGGAAUCACGGGAGCGUCAUCUUGUAUGAUGCGCGCGCGCAUCGCAUUUGGAUUGUUGAUCAGGAGCGGUGGGAUAGCACUGAUCCGGGCAUUAGUGAGGAGGUGCGCAAUGCGGCGAAGAGGGGCGCGGGGGCAGUGAGCAAUCAGAAUGAUUUUGAGUAUAUUGCGAGUCGGCCUGCUGGUGAUGUACUGAGAGACAUUAACAAGCGGUAUCGCGAUCUAACGGAAUUACCUGGAGGCGGCGGGAAUACGGGGCUGGAUUGGAGCGAUAGGAAGCUGAAUCUGCGCGAGCUGUAUCAGAGGAGCGGGUGGCCGGAUAAUUUCGAUGGGGAUGCAUUUGAGGUUGACAAGGCAAGGAGGUAUGGAUCGAUACGAGCGAAGGAGCGCGCUUAUGAGCCGCUGACGGAUGUGGAGCGGUUUCAUGACAUGCGGGCGUCACUUGUGGAGCAGAUUAGAGGGUUUCGAGCGACGAUUGCGAAUCCAAAGUCGCUGGAUGAGGAGUGGAUUGCUCGGUUUGAGCUUUGGAGGGCGGAGUGGUUUCAGAAAGACUUUUUGGUCGACGGGGAGAGGACAGAGGAGAUUGCUAAAGUGCGGUGUCCGGAGGGUGUAUGUGUGCAGGAGGAUGAGCUGGUACUGUGGGAGGCCGAAAUCCUUCGACAGGAUAUCAAGUCGAAUGAAUGGUUGAUCAUUAAUUAUAAGAAGUGGGCUGAUGAAUCUCGAGAAUCCAAUUCUGAGCGAGCAGCGAAAUUCGAUAUCGGGGUUCGCGUCAGGGAGAAGGAGGUCGUGGUACUAAAGAGCGCGUACGAAGCUGCACUCGCAGACGCACAGAAAACAUGUCCCGGCAAGAUAUUCGAAUCGGCCAGCGGGAAGGAUUCACUAGAUCCCGAGGAUAUCCCGAUGGGCAUCCGCAAGAUAAAGGAGGCCAUGCCCAGGGCUGAGCUGGAGAUCCAGGAAGUGGAGAAGUGGAGGACUCGAAUACCGGAAGAGUGCGUGGAAGCCAAAGAAAAGGUCGAGCUGCAGCUGCAUUGGCUGACCGCUGAGCUGGAUCGCCAACGAGGGCUACUGAAAACGUACGGACUAUAAGGGUUUUGUUUAAGGUGGAGGAGUAUAGUUGGAUGUGACAGGAUUGGAUAUUUAUGAAUAGGGCUACUGAUUUAAGGAAAAGAGAUGUAUGAUUGAGUAACGCAAGAUUCCAAUAGGCCAACCACGUGCAGACUAUGUAUUUUUACUACGCCAUGGUCUUUUUUUUUUUCAGGCACUUUUCCAUGAACAAAG